AUGACAAGGGACUAUAACAAUCAUGUUCCUGAAGACAGAUCAGAGAUUAGAACUUUGGCCUUGCCUUUUGAAGCUAUUAAGUUGAUUGAAGAUCAACUGAGAAGUGGAAGCAGCUGUAGAAGCACAAGAAUAUCUGUUCUUCAACAGAUUGACAGCUGGGGUGUUGGAAGUUUGUAUUUAACAGUUUUGAUGACAAAUUUAUUGUAUAUGUUCAACUCUGAUGAGAAGGCAUUUAUUGCUAUCUGGAUGAAUAAGAAAUUGCCAGAAAGAAAUUAUUGCAUUUUUACCAGAGACCUUCGUGUUAACAACAUUGAAAGCAAUCUUUUUGCCUUUGGCUUUCAAUUGCCUGCCCAAGUGAGAGUUAUGAGAAUAGCUACAUCAUUCUGCCUUGAUGCUACUCAUAACAUAUCAGCAAGAAGUGGAGAGGUCAUAUACUCUUUAGUGACUCAACACAACAUAACUGGAAAAGGGUUUCCUGUUGUUUACAUGGUUACAAAUGACCAGACAGUCAGGCCAAUCAGCCAAUAG